AUGGCCGGGGUCUUGGAGUACAUCUUUGAAAUACGGAAGCGCAACAGCAGCCUCGGCGUUGAGCUGCUUGGGGGGGUGACGCACUUCUUCGGAAACAUAUUCAACCUCGUCGCCACAGCCACGGUCCUGAACGUUGGAGGCCUACCGCUGGCUGAUGGGAUCAUCGGUGGAGCUUGGGCCGGCUGUCUGAGCUGCGUGCUUGUGGGGCUCAUGAGCAACUUGCCCAUCACUGCAUCGGCCGGCGCGGGUCCGAACCUGGUGGUGGCAUAUACUCUGGCCUUGUCUCAGGGCAGGGGUGGGCUUGGGAGCUACGACGCCGCGCUCACGUGCUGCAUGGCAGCUGGUGUCAUCAUCAUGGUCUUGCCAGCCACGGGUACCAUCUCAUUCAUCACCGACUUGGUGCCAAACUCACUGAAGCUCUCCAUCUGCGUGGGCAUCGGCUUGCUCUGUUCUUUCGUCGGCCUACAGCAGGUUGGCAUGGUUGUGAGAAGCGACGAGGGGCUCGUUGGUGCUGGCAAUGUCCGAGAUCCCCAGGUUUUGCUGACGCUCGCCGGAUUGGUGCUGCUCGCGCUGCUGAACUCACGUCGCGUGAAGGGUGCCAUCUUCCUGACGAUGGUGGCGCUCACCGUCUUCGAUUGGACUUUUCUUCGCGGCUGGCCUGCGAUGACCGUCUCCCCACGGCGCCUCCCAAGCCUACAUUCUCCAACAGUGGGCAUCUUGAGCCAGAGCCACUUCUGGAUGGAGGCCAUCAGCUUGGUGCUGAUGCUCGUCUUCGAUGCGAUGGGCCUCCUCUUUGGUCUGGCCAAGCUGGCUGGGCAGGUCAAUGAGGUGACGGGGUCGGUGAAGGGUGGCAACGGCAUGUUCAUGGCGCUGGGUUUGGGCACCGUCCUUGCGGCUGCCUGCGGGGUGUCGCCGAUGGUCAUCAACCCUCCAUCUGCUGCCGCCAUCAUGGACGGUGCAAAGACCGGGCUGAGCACGUGCAUCAGUGGUAUCCUCUUUCUGGUCCUUGGCCUGCCUCUUGCAUCCACGUUGUCAGCCAUGCCGCCUUGCACCUCUGCUUUCGUGCUUGUCUAUGUGGGCUGUGGCAUGGCCGCGGAGGCGGCGCACAUCAACUGGGACGACCCCAUUGACGCUUUGCCUGCAUUCCUCUGCAUCAUCUGCCAGCCGUUCUUGUUCUCGAUCGCCGACGGGAUCUACGUGGGGCUCGCCAUGUCUUUCAUGCUCUCCUUGCUCUCCGGCCGCAUCUUCAAGCGAAGGGGUGAACCCACGCCCCUCGACGGCGAUCUCCUUGACACCCGGCCCGGGCAGGCGCCCCUUCUGUCUGAGAAGACCGUCCGCCCUACUUUGUCUUCCGCCUCCUCGCUGCACGAGUGCAAGGGCUUUGCAAGACCCUUGACCUACUACUACUUCUUAGCCCCGACGCCGCAAGAUCGGGGAAGCGAUCCCUUCAUGUGUGGCGUGAAGAGUGCCGAGUUCUAA